GUCUGAAUGGACGGCCGAUAGUCGACUCCACGCGAGCGAACCCAAUGCUAGCCCCGCUAGACGGGAGGCGACUCUUAUCAGAAUGGGGCGAAGUGCCUUGUCUUCUCAGUUUAUUAUCUGUUUCCCAUAUAAACCCAGUCCGGACACUCUCUUGUUCUCAAUCCGCAGAAAAAAAUAUUUUUACACUUGUGCUGUCAUUGUAAGGUGUGAUUCUCUGCACCAUCUGACACCAUGAGCGACCCCGUUGGUCCUGACGACCUUGUCUACGUCGCCCAAGCGCACGUGCCUCAAAAAGAACUCCAGACACCAGAGAAGGAGGAUGCUGUAAUCACUGCCACCAGGUAUGAUGAUGAUGGCCGCGAGAUUCCAACGGUGGAGGAGGAGCAAAGCCUGCGUCGUGUGGCGGGCAAAGUGAAGUGGACUGCCUAUACAAUUGCAUUCGUCGAGCUGUGCGAGCGGUUUUCCUACUAUGGAACAACUGCCGUCUAUACCAACUUCAUUCAGCAGCCUCUGCCUGCAGGUUCGGAUACUGGUGCUGGAGGAAGUGGGCAGUCCGGAGCCCUCGGUCAGGGUCAACGAACAUCCACCGCGCUAACCACCUUCAACACCUUCUGGUGCUACGUUAUGCCCAUUCUGGGUGCUUGGAUCGCCGAUGAAUACUGGGGCCGGAUGAAGACGAUUCAGGUCGCCAUCGCCUUUGCAAUGCUGGGACAUAUCAUUAUCAUCAUUUCCUCUAUUCCCCAGGUCAUCACCAAUACCAACGGCGCCCUUGCCUGUUUCUGCGUCGGCCUGGUCUUCUUCGGAAUCGGCGUGGGUGGGUUCAAAUCGAACAUCUCACCGCUGAUUGCCGAACAGCACCGCGAGACCAAGCUCUGGGUCAAGACCGAGCCCAAGACAGGAGAGCGAGUCAUUGUCGAUCCAGCGCAGACGAUCACCCGCAUUUUCUUGUACUUCUACUUCAUGAUCAACGUCGGUUCGCUGAUUGGAUCGGUGGCCAUGGUGUACGCUGAGAAGUACGUCGGCUACUGGCUGGCCUACCUGCUACCGACCAUCAUGUUCGGAUUCUGUCCCCUGGUAUUGUUCGCCUGCCGUAACAAGUACCAUGUGACACCUCCUACAGGGUCUGUCGCGGCGAAGGCAUUCAAGCUGUGGGGACUUGCGUUGAAGAGGCAGUGGACCUGGAACCCUGUCGUUUUCUUCAAGCGAUGCCAGUCCACCGAGUUCUGGGACGGCGUCAAGCCCAGCCAGGUAGAGAACAAGCCUCACUGGAUGACCUUUGACGAUCAAUGGGUGGACGAAGUACGCCGUGCCGUCAAGGCCUGCGCGGUUUUCGCAUGGUACCCUCUCUACUGGCUGGCAUACGGCCAGAUGACCAACAACUUGACUUCGCAGGCGGCCACUAUGCAGCUGCAUGGGGUGCCCAACGACAUCAUCAACAACCUGGACCCGCUGGCCCUGAUCAUCUUCAUCCCGAUCAUGGACCAGUUCGUGUACCCGGGCCUGCGCAAGAUGGGCAUCAACUUCACGCCGAUCAAGCGCAUCUACGUUGGGUACCUGCUGGCAGCAGCCUCGAUGAUCGCGGCGGCCGUGACGCAGUACUACAUCUACAAGCUGAGCCCCUGCGGCGACCAUCCGAGCACCUGCGACGAGGCGGCGCCGAUCAACGUGUGGGUGCAGACGGUGCCGUACGUGCUGAUCGCGUUCUCGGAGAUCUUCACCUCGAUUACGGGGUACGAGUACGCCUACACCAAGGCGCCGAAGAACAUGAAGUCAUUAGUCUCAUCUUUGUACCUGUUUAUGAAUGCUAUCUCCUCGGCUAUCCAGCAGGGCUUGACGGCGCUGUCGACGGACCCGUUGCUGAUCUGGAACUAUGGGUUCGUGGCGGUGCUGGCGUUCAUCGGAGGGAACCUGUUCUACCUCAGCAACCUGAAGCUGGACAAGGAGGAGGAUGAGCUGAAUAAUCUGGAGGAGUCACAGUGGGUGGGGCAGAAUUCCGGGGAAUCCGAGAAGACGGUUGCUUAAUUGCUUAAUUGCUUAAUGUGCUUGACGUGAUGUGUGUAUGCUUAUGAUGUCAUGUGGGGCAUUGCCUCAGGGUUGGAUGCAUGAGUCUAUGAGUCUGGACCGAGUGUAUUUUAAUGUGAUUGAGAUUGAGUUGACCCGGUUUAUAACCAGGUUCCUGAGUAACUACAUCUUUUGCAUG